AUGUAUAAGAUUGACUUUCAUCACCACUUCUAUCCUCCGAAUUUCACCAAAGCUCUUAAAAAAUCAGGCGGUGAUCCAUCAGGCUGGUAUAUUCCCGAAUGGUCUCUUGAAGCAGACCAGAAACUCGGCAACGCAAUUGGCAAUGGCACCACCAUCCUCUUCAUGACUGCCCCAGGUGCAUGCAUCGAGAAAGAUGUAGUAGCGGCAGCCCAUCUCGCCCGUGCUUCCAACGAGUACGCUGCAGCAAUCCGAGACGCACACCCAAAAUACUAUGGCUUCUUCGUCUUGUUGCCCUCCCUCUUGGACACCAAGGCAUCUCUUGAUGAAAUUGCGUACAGCCUAGAUAUUCUCGGGACUGACAGGGUGCUUCUCUUCACCCGCUACGGCAUAGACAACCAUUACCUCGGACACCCGGAUCUCAAGCCCACAUGGGAAGAGCUGAACCGGCGACAGGUAGUAGUGUUUGUGCACCUAACCCACGCCUUCGAUACAAACCCUGUGAACUCGCAUCUACCACAGUCAAUGUUCAAUUACCCACAAGAGACCGGCCGUACAGCCAUGUUGAUUAACCGUUCUGCCGCCCUGCUUCCCCACACACCAAUGGAUAUUGGACUUUCUACUGAAGAGAUCCUGGGCGAGGCACUUUAA